AUGAAGAUUCUUGAGAAAAAAGAGGUGGAGGAAUUUUUGGUGUUGUGUUGGAGAAUUUGGUAUCGUCGUAACCAAUUUGUUCAUGAUAAUAAGCUUCUUGAUGACGAUAUGGUGGGUCCUUGGGCUCUGAAUUUUCUGUGGCGUUAUCAAGAGGCACAAAACCAAACCCGAACUGAGGAAGGUGGUGGUGGGUCCUCUACGCAUCCUACUGCUGCGCAAGUGGUUCCCUUGGCUGAUGGAGAGAUGAGUGUUCAUGUAGAUGCUGGUUUAGAUGUUGAUAAAGGGAUGGUGGCGCCUCAUGUCGCUAAAGCAGCUGCUGCCCUUCAAGGGAUGCUACUCUGUAUUCGCCUUGGCUUCCUUCGUAUUCGGAUUAGUACAGACUGUCUUCGUGUUUGCCAAAGCAUUGCCCGUAAGGAGGCUAACAAUUCAGAAUAUGGCAUUGUUCUCCAAGACAUUUAUCAAGCAUGGAGCUCUUUCUCGUCUAUUUCCAUUGGUCAUUGUAAUAGAGCUAGUAAUUCUACAACUCAUUCCUUAGCAAAACUUGCAUUAUCUCUUGAUUCUCCUAGAGUUUGGUGGCCUGGUUUGCCUUCAUGUCUGUGGCCUUAA